AUGCGUUCUUUCUUUCUUUCUUUCUUUCUUUCUUUCUUUCUUUUGAUUUCUUUCAGUCUUUCUUUUUUAAAUCCUUCACUUUUCUUUCUUUCUUUUCUUUCCUUUCUUUUCUUUCUUUCUUUCCCUUUUCUCUUUGAUUUUCACUUUCAUCUCUUCUUUUUAAAUCCUUCACUUUUCUUUCUUUCUUUCUUUCUUUCUUUCUUUCUUUCUUUCUUUCCCCUUUUCUCUUUGAUUUCCACUUUCAUCUUUCAAAUCUUCUUUUCUUUUUUCUUUCUUUCCUUUUUCACUUUUCUUUUUGAUUUCUUUCAGUCUUUCUUUUUUAAAUGCAUUUUUCUUUCUUUCUUUCUUUCUUUCUUUCUUCCUUUCUUUCUUUUUUCCCCUUUUCUCUUUGAUUUCCACUUUCAGUCUCUUCUUUUUAAAUCCUUCACUUUUCUUUCUUUCUUUUCUUUUUUUUUUUUCUUUCUUUCUUUCUUUCUUUCCCUUUUCUCUUUCUUUUCUUUCUUUCUUUUUUUAAAUCCUUUUUUUCUUUUUUCUUUCUUUCUUUCUUUCAGUCUUUUUUCUUUUUUUUUCUUUCCCUUUUCUCCUUUCAUCUCUUCUUUUUUAAAUCCUUCACUUUUCUUUCUUUUUCUUUCUUUCUUUCUUUCUUUCUUUCUUUCUUUCUUUCUUUUUCUUUCCCUUUUCUCUUUGAUUUCCACUUUCAUCUCUUCUUUUUUUAAAUCCUUCACUUUUCUUUCUUUCUUUCUUUCUUUCUUUUCUUUCUUUCUUUCUUUCCUUUCCUUCGACUCUCUUUUUUUUUUCUCUCCUUUUGCCGCCUCAUCUUCCCCACCCAUUCACCUCCAUCUUCUUCGACCGCUUACUUAUCUCUCCAUUUACUUAAGAUUUUCUCUCUAUUUUCUGCUGUUUUUAUUUACACAUUUAAUUUUUUGUUGUGACAUUCGUUUUCUGUUUUUUUCUUCUUCUCUCUAUUCGCGAUCUGCGGCUCUCCCCACCAUCUACCUGAUCUCUUUUGCCUUCAAAACUUUUAAUUGUUUUUCUCAGGUUUUCUUUCAUAAUCUUCCCUUCUUCUUCUUCUUCUUCUUCUUCUUUUUUCUUUUUCUUCUUUACCAUAUUCUUAUUAUUCUUCCUUUAUUCCCCAUAUUCUUCUUAUUGUUUUUUCUUCAUUUUUCACCAUAUUCUCCCUCUUCCUCCAUCCUAUUCGCCUUCCUUCUUCACCGCAUUCUUGUUCUUUUUUCAUAUUCUUCUUCUUCUUCUUCCUUAGCUCAUUGUUGUUGUUGUUGUUGUUGUUGUUGUUCUUCUUCUUCUUCUUCUUCUUCUUCUUCUUCUUCUUCUUCUUCUUCUCAAGUUAUUCGCAAUCUUUCUUUCUUCUUAUUAUUGUUUUCUCCUUCAUAUCUUCUUCUAUCUUUUCUUACCAUCUUCUUCUUCUUCUUCUUCUUCUUCUUCUUCUUCUUCUUCUUCUUCUUCAAAUCCGCCCAACCAGUCACCCUAAUUUCAGACGACCUACGGGGUGGCCCGCCAAAUCUAGAGAAAUCCGAACGCGUAGUCGUCUCGCGUACAGGACAGUCGUUUCUCGUUCAGCGUAGUCGUCUCUCGUACAGGGCAGUCGUCUCUCGUUCAGCGCAGUCGUCUCUCGUACAGGGCAGUCGUCUCUCGUACAGGACAGUAGUCUCUCGUUCAGCGCAGUCGUCUCGACUCCCUCCCCAACUUCUUCGUUAUAUGAAAAGCCGACUCGGCAAAAAUACCAUGGCUGACUCUAUAUUAAAAAGCUUGUGGCUGGACCGUCUCCCCACCACCAUAACCCAAAUUUUGGCGCCAAUGUCCGAAAACACCUCGAUCGAUCAAUUAGCGGACGCCGCGGAUCGUAUUUUCUCGCAACUGGAUAAUCAGACAACGCCGGUACACAGUGCUGAAGCGACUGGAGACCACAGGUCCUCCCGAAAAAACAGUCGAGGAAUUGCAGCGCCAACACUGCACCCUACCGGGUCCGCAACAAGCGCAGUCGUCUCUCGUACAAGGCAGUCGUCUCUCGUACGGGGCAGUCGUCUCUCGGCGUCCUCGUCAGUUCCCUCCGCCCCCACUACCAAAACCUUACUCAGAGACACUCAUUUUAUAGACCAUGACGAAGCAGCCCACUUGUUGAGCGGGAGAGUUUUACAUAUGCGUAGGCGCAGUCCGUUAAUUUUCUUUUCUUUUAAUUGCUCUGUGACACCACACGCAUGCAAUGCGUGGGCGUUUUCGGGCAUGAUGUCGCGUAUCUUGCUCACGACAAUCACAGAAGGGACCAGAUUAAGCACGAUCUGGCGGAUUAAUUAUCACAAACUUUUCUUUCUUUCUAUUUAUCUCUGUUCAUUAUCUAUCUAUCUAUCUAUCUAUCUAUCUAUCUAUCUAUCUCUGUUCAUUAUCUAUCUAUCUAUCUAUCUAUCUAUCUAUCUAUCACAAUCUUUUCAUAUCGAACUAGAUAGCUAUCAUAACAGAUUAAAACCAGCCGGGCUUUCUUUCUUCCUUUCUUCCUUUCUUCCUUUCAUUUUUCUCUCCCAUUCUCUUUCUCUCUCUCUCUCUCUCUCACCUGCUUUGAUUCUUUGUUUUUCUUUCUUUGUUUUUUCUUUCUUUCUUUCUUUCUUUCUUUCUUUCUUUCUUUCUUUGUUUUUUCUUUCUUUUUUCUUUUCUUUCUUUCUUUUCUUUCUUUUCUUUCUUUCUUUCUUUCUUUCUUUUUCAAUUCUCAUCGAUUAUUUCUUUUUAAUUUCUUUCUUUCUUUCUUUCUUUCUUUCUUUCUUUCUUUCUUUCUUUCUUUCUUUCUCUUCCUUCCUUCUUUCCUUUCUUUCUUUCUUUCUUUCUUUCUUUCUUUCUCUUCCUUCCUUCUUUCCUUUCUUUCUUUCUUUCUUUCUUUCUUUCUUUCUUUCUUUCUUUCUUUCUUUCUUUCUUUCUUUCUUUCUUUCCUUGUUUUUUCUUUCUUUCUUUCUUUCUUUCUUUCUUUCUUUCUUUCUUUCUUUCUUUCUUUCACCUGUUUCUAUUCUGUCUUUCAUUCUUUCUUUCUCUCUCUCUCUCUCAUUUUCUCACUUUCUGUCUCUGCCCUACCUUGAUUAUUUCUCUUUAAUUUCAUUAUCUCUUUCUCCCUCCCUUUCCUGCUUUGAUUCUUUAUCUUUAAUUUCUUUCUUUUCUCUCUCUCUCUCUCACUCUCUUUCUUUCUUUCUUUCUUUCUUUCUUUCUUUCUUUCUUUCUUUCUUUCUCUUCCUUCCUUCUUUCCUUUCUUUCUUUCUUUCUUUCUUUCUUUCUUUCUCUUCCUUCCUUCUUUCCUUUCUUUCUUUCUUUCUUUCUUUCUUUCUUUCACCUGUUUCUAUUCUGUCUUUCAUUCUUUCUUUCUCUCUCUCUCUCUCUCUCAUUUUCUCACUUUCUCAUCGAUUAUUUCUUUUUUUAAUUUCUUUUUUCUUUCUUUUCUUUUUUCUUUCUUUCUUUUCUUUCUUUCUUUCUUUCUUUCUUUCUUUCUUUCUUUCCUUCCUUCUUUCCUUUUCUUCUUUCUUUCUUUUUUCUUUCUUUCUUUCUCUCUCUUCCUUCCUUCUUUACUUUCUUUCUUUCUUUCUUUCUUUCUUUCUUUCUUUCUUUCUUUUCUUUCUUUUCUUUUCUUUCACCUGUUUCUAUUCUGUCUUUCAUUCUUUCUUUCUCUCUCUCUCUCUCUCUCAUUUUCUCACUUUCUCAUCGAUUAUUUCUUUCUUUCUUUCUUUCUUUCUUUCUUUCUUUCUUUCUUCCUUCUUUCCUUUCUUUCUUCCUUUUCUUUCUUUCUUUCUUUCCUUUCUUUUCUUUUCUCUUUUCCUUCUUUCUUUCUUUCUUUCUCUUUCUUUCACCUGUUUCUAUUCUGUCUUUCUUCUUUCUUUCUUUCUUUCUCUCUCUCAUUUUCUCACUUUCUCUGCCCUUUGA